AUGGAAGGUGAUCCCCAUCCAGGGGCAGCAAGAGGUCGUAUGUCACUUCAAAGUUUUAAUCCUUCUGUUGAUGUGAGUGUGAAGAUCAAUAAAGAAAUUAAAAAACUUCAGCAGCCAGCUGCUGAAACUAAUAUUUCUAGAACUCAAAGUGGAAAUGAGUCGUUUAGAGAAAACAACUCCACAACAGAAGGUUCGGAACGUGUCAAUGGCAAUGUGAAGAGGAAACAGUCUGAAGUAAAUUGUGAAGAUCAAUAUCCAAACAAAUCACCAAAAAAUGAUGAUGAUGAUGAUGAUAAUCAUUCUGCUCCAGAAAAUAGUUUCGGCUCUUUCAGAAAACCAAAUGUAGAUAAGCUGGACUGGAAUGUUCUUCGAUCCUCAAAAGCCAAACAGAAAAAGAUGAGUUCACUGGAUAUGUGGAUUGCUUACAAGAAGUUAGUUUUGGUUCCGUGACAUGCUUUAGCUGU